UGUUGAAGAGUAGCGUCUCUGAGUCCCACAAGGCCUUCAGAGCUAGUGGGUGAGACUGCUCCUGGGAGAACAGCCCCACUCCUUCAUCAGAGGAAGCUUGCCGUUGCUAUGGAUACCGAAUCCACGUAUUCUGGAUAUUCCUACUACUCAAGCCAUUCAAAAAAAUCUCACAGGCAAGGGGAAAGAACAAGAGAAAGACACAAAUCACCACGGAAUAAAGAUGGCAGGGGGUCAGAAAAGUCUGUCACCAUCCAGGCUCCCACUGGAGAGCCCCUGCUGGCGAAUGACUCUGCCCACACAGGCACAGAGGAAGUUCAGGAUGACAACUGGGGAGAGACCACCACAGCCAUCACAGGCACCUCAGAGCACAGUAUAUCCCAAGAGGACAUUGCCAGGAUUAGCAAGGACAUGGAGGACAGUGUGGGGCUGGAUUGCAAGCGCUACCUGGGCCUCACCAUUGCCUCAUUCCUCGGACUACUCGUCUUCCUCACCCCCAUCGCCUUCAUCCUGCUACCCCAGAUCCUGUGGAGGGAGGAGCUGAAACCCUGUGGCGCCAUUUGUGAGGGACUUCUCAUAUCCGUAUCGUUCAAACUGCUUAUCCUGCUCAUCGGAACCUGGGCGCUUUUCUUCCGCAAGCAAAGAGCGGAUGUGCCGCGGGUGUUUGUGUUCCGAGCGCUGUUAUUGGUCCUUAUCUUUCUUUUUGUGGUUUCUUAUUGGCUUUUUUAUGGGGUCCGCAUUCUGGACUCUCGGGACCAAAAUUACAAGGACAUCGUGCAAUAUGCAGUCUCUCUCGUGGAUGCGCUGCUUUUCAUCCACUACCUUGCCAUCGUCCUGCUGGAACUGAGGCAGCUGCAACCCAUGUUCACACUGCAGGUGGUCCGCUCCACCGACGGAGAGUCCCGCUUCUACAGCUUGGGACACUUGAGCAUCCAGCGAGCAGCCUUGGUGGUUCUGGAAAAUUACUACAAGGACUUCACCAUCUAUAACCCGAACCUCCUAACAGCAUCCAAGUUCCGAGCAGCCAAGCACAUGGCUGGCCUGAAAGUCUACAAUGUAGAUGCUGCCCUUAUGGCCAAACUGAAACUUUGUGUAGCAGAUGGGCCCAGUAACAAUGCCACUGGUCAGUCCAGAGCCAUGAUCGCUGCAGCAGCUCGGCGCAGGGACUCCAGCCACAACGAGUUGUAUUAUGAAGAGGCCGAACACGAGCGGAGGGUGAAGAAGCGGAGAGCGAGACUGGUGGUGGCUGUGGAAGAAGCCUUCAUCCACAUCCAGCGCCUCCAGGCUGAGGAGCAGCAGAAGUCUCCGGGGGAGGUGAUGGACCCCAGAGAGGCGGCUCAGGCCAUCUUCCCCUCCAUGGCCAGGGCGCUGCAGAAAUACCUGCGCACCACCCGGCAGCAGCACUACCACAGCAUGGAGAGCAUCCUGCAGCACCUGGCCUUCUGUAUCACCAACAGCAUGACCCCCAAGGCUUUCCUUGAACGAUACCUCAGUGCAGGCCCCACCUUGCAGUAUGACAAGGAUCGAUGGCUCUCGACACAGUGGAGACUUAUUAGUGACGAGGCUGUGACGAACGGGUUACGGGAUGGAAUUGUUUUCGUCCUUAAAUGUUUGGACUUCAGCCUCGUGGUCAAUGUGAAGAAAAUCCCAUUCAUAGUUCUCUCAGAAGAGUUCAUAGACCCUAAAUCUCACAAGUUUGUUCUUCGCUUACAGUCCGAGACAUCAGUCUAAAAUUUCUAUGCUUGUGGCUUUAUGGAAAACAAAAGAAGAAUAUAUAAAUAUAUAUAUGUGUGUGUGUAUGUCCAGGGGGAAGUUCUUUUAUAAAGAUUUUUUUUAAUUCUUCAUUGCUGACUCAAACUGGCAGAGGAUAGACCAGUAUCCUUCAACCAUCUGCACUUUAUUUGGAAGAAAGCAGAUGUCUACCCCGACAAGCAACUGGUGGCAUCUGACUUUACUAGAUAGGACUUCUGAAGAAGCUGUUCCCCAGAGUUUCUGUUGCAGCUGUAAACCAAAGUGUAGCUGCUGUGUCCUCGGGAGCCACGCCUUACAACUGUCCCUGCCUGCGGCCCAGUACCACACCCAUCUGUACUUCUGGUCAACCCCUUCAUAGAUUCUAGGGGACUUACUUUAUUCUGCUUCAGGAAAUCAGACACUACACACUCAUGUGUGUGUUUGUAUGCAUAAUUAUCCACAUCACCACAGUACCCUGGGGAGUGGUGGGCAGUCCAGGAAAUGUCCACCCACCCGAGUCUUUGUUCUUUGCUGCCUUACAUUGGCGAAGAGAAAGAAAGGACCUGACAGAAAAUGUUCACUGCUGGUUUACAGCUGUUAAGUGAUUGGCUUUCCAUUUUCCAGAGGGAGAGCCUACCUGCCCUGUUUCUGGCUCUGCUCCUCUGUUGGCCUGAGGCACGUAGCCCUUCCCUAGCCCUAGGACUGCCUACCCAGGCUUCACUCUGUACCCACUCUCCUGAGCAUCUGGACCAUGGCCGCACCCAGUGGGCAGCUCUGGCCAGGCUAGAUUGGCCCUCCAGAGCUGACAGGGACUUGGCUUGUCCCUUUGGACAAGCUCUUUGCACAGCCCCUCCCUCAGUCUUUGUCUGGAGAGGUAGGAUAUGACCCUGGGGAUCCAUUCACCUGCAGCCCCUCCUUUAGGUUGCAGCAGGAACCCAUCCACCCAAUCCUCCUUAGCCCUGCUUCACACAAACCAGGAGAGACCGACACUGUGACUCCCAGUUGGCAGAUGCCCCUUGUAGCCAUCCAGUUUCCCAGGGAGACAAGUAUUCACAAAGCUCGUGUGCCAAGCUGUCCUGCCCCGGGAAACCAAACAAUGCCCACCACCUUGGCAACUGCUGUCCCAUCCCUGUGGUUUGUGACUACCACCACUGUGCAACUUACUGCCAGGAAAAGGAUCACUCUGUCCUUGUCGUAUACAUUGCCCCUGAUUGUUGGUCAGGGAGAGAGGGGAAAGAGUUCUGCAGAGCUGGGGAAGGGAGAGUAGGGAGCCAGUGGUGCAGUCCAGAAGGCCCCUCUGUCAGCAUGUCAUAGCUGGUUACAGAGAACUAUCCCCUUAACGUCCCAUUUGGAAACAUAGCUGCCUCCUGGCAGAGCCUUGUGCAGGGCAGUGCCCAAGGAGCUAUUUCCUGACACCUUGAGGUGGGCUGUCCUGGUCUUUGCUUGCCGUAUCCGAAGCAGUGCUCCACCAAGUGCUCUUUCCUUUCCCAGCUUCAGGAAAGGAGAAGGCCGUCAUCGCGUCUGUGCCUGUAUACACGUACCAUUCCCGUUUACGCAUUCCACAAAGCACAUGCUCUUGUCUGUCAUUAAAAAAGAUCCAAAUUGGCGUGGGAUAUUUGUGAUACACCUGUGCUUGGAAAAGCCAACGUUAUUCUUUGUUCGGUAACACUUUAGUUCAGAACGAUGUGCUGGAGAAGGAAGAGGAACCCGUGGACAAGGCACAGUCAGGAUGCCCCGUGUUAACAGGGGGGCUCUGCGACACACACACACACACACACACACACACACACACACACACACACAGUGUAACCAGGUGCUUUGGUCUUAGUUCUUUCCCUUUAGGUCCCUUCUACUGGAAGUUGCUCAGGAUGUCUUUCUCAGGAAAUACUUUAGGAGAUGAGGUAAGGGGUGGGCAGUCUGUGAGAGACUGGCUAUGUGUGAGGGUAAUGUCACAGCAUAGCUGCACUGCCACAAACACCAUUCAGUUGUUAAGUGCCAUAAAUGUAAAUAGUGUAGAGUUAAAGGCAACACUACUUGUCAGCAUUUUAAAAUCCUGUGCUUCCAACCCUGUCUUAAAUUAUGGGUCUUAAAGGAGUUCAUUGGAGUGGUGUGUUGGUGUAUGCAUUCCCAGCAGGGCAAAGGCAGGUUUAAAUUAAGGAAUUAAUUUAUUUUCCCUCCUGACCCCUCUCUGUCUACUUUGCAUAGAACUUUGGACUUCCUGAAAUUAUUGUUUUGGUUGUAAAUUGAAUAUCGUUUUUUUCCCCCCAAAACUCUUAAGUUUGCAUCGAUUCCUGAAGGAAAAACAAAAAUCAAAAGCGGGAUCCUUGAAAGUCUUUGUGCUCCCAGCAUUUUUCCAGCCCGAGUCGAAGUGGGAACUGACAGUUUGAAAAGGAAAUGUGAAGUUGCCGAAAGCCGCAGCACACAAUUGAAGACGAUAAAUUUUUAUUUCAUUUUGUGAACCCUCAUAGCCUACUCUUUUUAAAGGAUGUAAAUUGCUCCCCAAGGCUGGUAGGAUGCAGGAUCCUAUUAGAGGACACAGGAUUCCAUUACCUUAAAUGUUUAUAGAUUUUUUCCCCCUAUAACUUUCCACCUAAGUUAUUAAAAUUCUAACAUUAACUGUGAAAGAACUCAAUAAAGAGUGUAGGUCUGAGAUUGCUGUCUUCCCCCCGGUGAUUUUCAUUAUCUGCAAAAGUAGACAACUUUUGUUCAGGGAAAAAAAAAAGAGCAGUCCUUAAUAGUACUCGAAUUGAAUGUUCAAGAAGUCUGCACCACGGGAGUUAGAAUAGAUUUUAAGGUUAUAAGGCUCCCCUUAGAUUAUCCAUGGAGUUAAAAAUGUUUUGGCUAAAGUUCACAAAGUAAGCCCAGAGAAAAUGCUUAAGUUGUCCCCGCUUGAAUUUCUCUGAGUGUGUGUUGCUGUGUUUGCACGCUGGCAGUCAUGACAUCCAUGUGACCAGUGACAGGUCGUUGUGUGUCUCGUUUGUACAAGUGUGUAUGGCCGAGCCUGUGGCUCUCUCCAUCUCUUCCUCAGGGCUGACUCCUUGUCUGUACUCUCCUGUAUCCCUCAUCCUGGCUUCUCCACGAGGAGCUGUCUGUGGUGUCUGUUGUCAGCUUGCAGGCACGCCCAUUAAUUAGUUUCUUGCAUAGGGAUCUCUAUGACUUACAAACAGUGGGGAACAAGACAAAAAAGGGCAAACUCUAUGGGGUGGGCGGGGUUACUGUUCAAACUUCACUACCCUGGAAGCCCCUGUGCGUCUAGUUAAUGUAACUUUAAAAAGAAACAACCAAUGAUUGGUUGUUGCAACUGACAGGGAGGUCUGCAUUUGAAGAGUCUUGCAGCAGAGACCCUGCUAUUAUAACAUAUUUCUGGGUAAUGUUUGCUCCUUGGGGAUCUUGUCACACCAGAAAAACAAAUAAAUAAAUCACUACUGUGAACUUACUAAUAUGUAACCUUAUCAUAUCCCAUUAUAAAUAAAACAUGCCUCGUUUUUAAGCCC